AUGGGGGUGGUGUAUCCAGUAAGGGGGGCGGCGAGCCGGAGACUUGGGGCUCAGAGCGGCGGCAGUGGGGAUGCGGGCCAAGGAAUCGGGGAGGCAAGCCAGGGGCUUGGGGCUCGGAGAGAUAGCCGGUGGCUCGGGGAAGCCAGAUCCGAUGGUGGGGGAAAAAGGGGGGCUGGAGGCAGCCAGAGGGAGGUGGUUGGGGGCUCUGAGAGGCGGUCGGAGCUCAGAGAUGAGAGAUCAGAUGGAUUUCUCCAGUUCCAAAUGGAGUUCUUUACCGAUAAGGGCGGCGGUGGAUCCGGCAUGGGGGUGGUGUAUCCAGUAAGGGGGGCGGCGAGCCGAAGGCUUGGGACUCGGAGCGGCGGCAACGGGGAUGCGGGCCAAGAAAUCGGAGAGGCAAGCCAGGGGCUUGGGGCUCGAAGAGAUAGCCGGUGGCUCGGGGAAGCCGGAUCCGAUGAUGGGGAAAAAGGGGGGCUGGAGGUAGCCAGAGGGAGGCGGUUGGGGGCUCUGAGAGGUGGUCAGAGCUCAGAGAUGUAG